AUGCUCAAGCCCGCGGAACUCGAUUUUCCCCCGCCGAACCCUCUCCAGCCCUCAGAAAUACCUGGCGAUCUGCGCGUCGAUCACCACAGAGCCAACCCAGCAGUGAUCGGGCUGCAGACACAGACCACCGGUCACAUGUCUACCUUGACAAGCGGCCGGAAAGGACAGAAAAAUGACGACCAAUUUGAUUCCGGUCGCCGAGCAUAA